CAGUUUGGGAAAAUUUCUCCGCGGCCGCCAUCAGGAGCUGGUUAUUUUUCGCAAACUUUUUCCGCACCGUAGGGUGAAAACCGCGUAAAACCAGAGCGGCCUUCCGGGUGGCACACGCGUUCCCGUUCCCGCUGCUCGAUUUGGAACACGGAAUUUUCCGUGAAAUCUAGAUUUUGGGGAGAGGGAAAUCGGGAAGCUGAAGAACAACAAAGCAAGGGUGGGGGAAACAAGUCAAAGUAGUUUUGCCGUAGACAUAACCGGAAAGAAAGCUGUGAAGUUCCAGGACCGCCGCCGCGAUUGCCUCGUCGCACCGUCCGCUGGAUGCGUUGUGCUGUUCGCUGUGCUGCAGGACGACGAGGGGCCGAAGGACGACCAUGAGCAGUCAGAGUCACAAGAUGGCCGGACCGCAUCCCCUGUCAGCCCUGACCGCCGCCUGUAACGCAUCAUCGGUGACGAAGGCCGGAAUCGCCGGCUGCGAGGAGAUUGAACUGACCGGACGGUUCAGCGAGCAAAUGGCCCAGCUGUGCAUGUCGUACGACUACUCGGACGUGACGUUCAUCGUCGAGGACGAGAAGCUGCCGGCGCACCGGGUUAUUCUGGCCGCGCGCAGCGAGUACUUCCGGGCGCUGCUGUACGGUGGCCUGUCGGAGUCGACCCAGCACGAGAUUCACCUGAAGAUUCCGCUGAAGGCGUUCAAAGCCUUGCUAAAGUACAUCUACUCCGGCAGCAUGUCGCUCUCGCAGAUGAAGGAGGAGAACAUUUUGGACACGCUCGGGUUGGCCAACCAGUACGGGUUUACGGAUCUGGAGAUGGCCAUUUCCGACUACCUGCGACAGGUUUUGUCGCUGAACAAUGUAUGUGCGAUUUUGGACGCGGCCAAGCUGUUCGGACUGGAAGGCCUGACGAAUGUCUGUCACUCGUUUCUCGAUCGUAACGCUGGUGAAAUCCUGCAACACGAGACGUUCCGAACGCUGUCCGAGGACUCGAUCUGCAGCCUUCUGCUGCGUGAUUCCUUCUUCGCGCCUGAGGUGCAGAUCUUCCAGGCCGUGUACGACUGGUGCAAGUGCAACGCAGACGGGAGGAGCGUCGACAACGUCGUAUCCAAGGUUCGCUUUUCGCUGAUGACACUGGAGCAGCUGCUGGGCGUGGUUCGACCGUCGGGAAUCCUCGAUCCGGACCAUCUGCUGGACGCGAUCGCGGAAAAGACGGCCUCGACGCAGCUGCCCUAUCGUGGAGCGCUGUGGCCCGAGGAGAACGUCGCGUGCAACAAGUUCAGCUCGAAGACGAUCCAGGGCGAACUACGGUCGGCCUUGCUCGACGGCGAUACGCUGUCCUACGACAUGGAGAAGGGCUACACGCGACACUCGAUCAGUGACAACGGCGACUCGCAAGGGAUCAUCGUCGAGCUGGGCAAGAUGUUCAUCAUCAACCACGUUCGGGUGUUGCUGUGGGAUCGCGAUACGCGUUCCUACUCGUACUACGUGGAGGUCUCCGUCAACCAAACCAGCUGGGAACGCGUUGUUGAUCAUUCGGAUUACUACUGCCGGUCGUGGCAAUAUCUGUACUUCCCUUCGCGGGCCGUUCGCUACAUUCGCCUGGUCGGGACGCACAACACCGUCAACAAGGUGUUCCACGUGGUCGCACUCGAGGCCAUGUUCACCGAAAAGGUAGUUCCCGUCGUCAACGGAAUCGUGGCUCCCAACUUCAACGUGGCCACGGUCGACAAGAGCGCGACCGUCGUCGAGGGCGUCAGCCGCACACGGAACGUCCUGCUCAACGGCGACGUCAAGAACUACGACUGGGACUCGGGCUACACGUGCCACCAGCUCGGCAGCGGAGUCAUCCUGGUGCAGCUCGGCCAACCCUACUGGAUCAACUCGCUGCGGCUGCUGCUGUGGGACUGCGACGACCGCUCGUACAGCUUCUACAUCGAGACGUCGACCAACCUCAAACAGUGGGACAUGGUCGUGGACAAGCGGAACGAUCUGCUCAAGUCCUGGCAGCACUUUACCUUCGACCCGAAGGUCGUCGUGUACAUCAAGAUCGUCGGCACGCACAACACCGCCAACGAGAUCUUCCACUGCGUCCACUUCGAGUGCCCCUCGCAGGAUCCCAAGUACGUCAAGUCCGGCGAGACGCUGUCGAUUGCGUUGGCCGUUGCGCAGGCGUCCGGAGCGGCCGGCUCGACCGUGGCGGCUCCGGUCGCGUUGGCUUCCGCAUUGGCGGACGCCGGCGAACCCCAGCCGAGCACCAGCCGCGAGAGUACCGUGAGCACGCGGGAACUGGUGGAUUAGGAGUGAACUGACAAGUGCGUGCGUGUGUGUACAGAUUUAUAUUUAUUUAUGGCUUUGCUGAAGUGCUUAUUACAGUUUUGUUUUUAUUCAAAAAAAGGAAGAAAUAAAUCAACGUUGAACGAAUUCCGUCAAUUG